GCUUCGAGCCGCGAAGCGCGAGGGAGAAAAACCCCUCCUCCUCCUCCGCCGCCGCCGCCCGCCUCGCCGUCUCGACCUCGCAAGCCUAGGGUUUGGCCUCUCCUCUCCUGCCUCCUACCUCCACGAGCUUCGAGACUCCCCGCCCGCAGCAGCCAUGGCGUCCACCAAGGUCCAGCGUAUCAUGACCCAGCCCAUCAACCUCAUCUUCCGGUUCCUCCAGAGCAAAGCGCGCAUCCAGAUCUGGCUGUUCGAGCAGAAGGAUCUCCGGAUUGAGGGCCGGAUCAUUGGCUUUGACGAGUACAUGAAUUUGGUCCUUGAUGAUGCUGAGGAAAUCAACGUUAAGAAGGAUACAAGGAAAUCAUUGGGUAGGAUACUGUUGAAAGGCGACAACAUAACUCUCAUGAUGAACACUGGGAAGUGAAAUUUCUCCUCAGGUUGCGUUCUGGAGUUUGUGACUUUGUGUCGAUUAGUCCUUGUGAUAUUUUGUACUCCGUCUGGAAUGAAAUCCAUGUAGCAUGUGAUCGUGCUCAAUUGAGGACAUGUAACGGCUGUUGACAAGCCUAUGAACUCAUUCUGUGAUUCACUCUAGGCAAAGAUGUUGAGAAUCUUGAUAUAAGGAGCUGUUCACUAGUGUGUUUAAGAUUCCUGAUUCUGUGAACCUAUAACGAUGGGCAAAGGGGGUAAUUCUUGUUGUGCCUUGUCUUUCCGUUAUGUUUUAGAUGGUCUUAAGCACGAUCA